GGUUACGUGAUGACGUAUGUUGAAAGAUAUCCGAUGGAACCUUGAACUCGGAAGAGAAGCGGUUGUUGUAUUCUAAAUUAAGAGAUAAAAAUGAAAUCAAAGCUUUGAACCCCCUGGUGACUAUGGAGGCUGAGGGCAGCGUGCUCCGUGUGGACUUCCCCAACUUCUCCGGGUCCCUGCUGCAGAAGCUCAACCAGCAGCGGCAGAGGGGCCAGCUAUGUGACAUCAUCGUGGUCAUCCAGGGCCACCAGUACCGCGCCCACCGCGCCGUCCUGGCUGCCAGUUCACCGUACUUCUGCGACCAGGUGCUGCUGAAAAACAGUGCCCGCUGCGUCUUGCCCGAUGUAAUGCACCCGUGUGUGUUCGAGCGCCUCCUUCUCUCCUGCUACACGGGGACACUUCACCUCCCGGCCGGGGAGGUGGUGGCCUUCCUCACCGCGGCCAGCUUCCUCCAGAUGUGGCACGUUGUGGACAAGUGCACUGAGCUCUUGGAGGUGGUUGGAAGUGGUCCUAGCUCGCUGACGCACAAGUCUUCCAGCGGCCCGGGGGACAGGCUUUCCCCAGGGGACAGCAGUUAUCACAGCCCUGAGGAGGGCUCACUGGGCCUGGAGGCCGGAGGAGGAGGAGCGAUGGAGGGUUUUGCCAAAAUGGAGAUGGAUCAGCUCCUGGAGAACAGCUUCUCCCCGCCCACUUUGGAAAACAACGGUGCCCAGGCUGGCUGCUCCCCGCUGGCUGACCAUGAGAGCUCAGGCAGCGAGGCUGCCAGCCAGGAGGGGGAUGACGAGGAGGGCGGCGAGGGGGACUUUCAGUACUCCCGACCUGCGUAUGUACCGCCCAGCAUCAUGGGACACAGGAAAUGGGUCCAGGUCAAGUCGGAGAGGCGUGAGGACUGUGUCGGCGGGGAGCCUGCUGUCCCUGACCCCGACCAGCACAGCCUCGGCCAGCCGUCAGUCAGUCGGGGCUCUGCGGACGACGGCGUCGACGACAAGAUGGCGGCGCGGCUGGAGGAGAGCCUGGAAGAGGACCCGCUGGACUUUUACGGCACCUCCAUGGAGGGCUUCUCCGCCGACAAGGCCGACGGGACACCGCCCGGCCAGAGAAUAGACCUGCCCGCUGGGGAAGGCACGGGCGGAAACCCCGGGGGCGUCCAGGAAGAGACCUCCCACUCGGGCUUCGCCUCAGUGGCCUAUAAGCUGUAUCCGUGCCAGUGUGGCAAGAGUUUCACCCACAAGAGCCAGCGGGACCGGCAUAUGAGCAUGCAUCUGGGCCUGAGGCCGUACGGCUGCGCCGUGUGCGGCAAGAGCUUCAAGAUGAAGCACCACCUGGUGGGCCACAUGAAGAUCCACACUGGCGUCAAGCCGUACGAGUGCAGCCUGUGCGCCAAGCGCUUCAUGUGGCGGGACAGUUUCAACCGCCACACGUCCUCCUGUACCAGGGCGCACCAGGCCCGGCGGGCCGUCAACGAGCAGCAGGCCGCCCAGAUCUGCUGACCCCAGCCCCCCCCCCCCCCUUACACAAACACGGCCUUGUAAUAGUUUCACUGAUCCGGCUUCCCAGACGGGCUGAUCCUUGAUCGCAUUUUUAAAAACUCCUGCUUAGAUGAUUCAUCUUGGGUAGUUUCAGAGCCACGUCACAAGUCAACUGAUCCUGGAUCAGAAUUCUUGCCUCGGCUGGGAUUCCGGAUUUCUGGUGAAAUCAGCUGCCGGUCUGCUGUGGGUUGACUUGGUCAUGAGAUGUGGGGUGUAAAUGUAAAUUGACUUUGGAGUAGGAUUGUGGGGGUCACACGUCCAACGUGGGGUCUGUGUUACCUCAGUGUUCUCACAGAGAGGCAACGAUAGCACACUGGUUAAAGCCGCUGCGUUUCCUGGUUAUCAGUCAGAGAAGGGCCUUUCAGCUUGUUGACAGCGUUACCUUCCUCAGAUGGAGGACUAGGUGGUAUACAACCACAAACUAAAUUCCUGUUUUCGUAGUUGGUAGGUUAGGAUUAGUAAUGCUGGUUAUGAUAAUUAACGUAGCGGGUUAGAAGAACUUAUGCAGGAGGUUAGAAGAAUUCAGUUAGCACGAUAGGAUAAUGAAAAUUAGGGUUAAGGUUAGUAUAAUUGUUAGGGUAAGCCAAAGUGCUAAAAUUCUCUCUAAAAAUUAUGGCGGUUUUGACAAAUAAUGCUCCCGGAUUCCGUCCAUAGCUGUAUACUGUCGAGCCGCGGCUCCUCCUCAGGGCGACAGUAUGUUGUAGAAUAGCGCCAUUCAUCAUGUCGGUCAGCCAGGAAUUCCCUCGAGGAGCCAGGAUCAAUGCCCUCGGAAGAUGGUGCCGAUUCAACUGUUGACCACAACUGAGCUUGCUGGUACCACAACGACUUGUGUAUCAGGACAAGACAAGGCUAACUCGUCUGACUUCCUUUACACCCACUAUUGACAGUGCUGAGCCAAUUCACCCCAGCCAGAGUUUCCCAGAUACUGACGGCACGCGGCAAUUUAGGAUUAGAACCCUAGUCGAAAUGACACCGUUGCACUGCAAGGGAGCAGCUCGGGAGACCCGCACAACUUCUGGUUUGUCAUCCGAUAACUUCUCACAUCUGUCAUUUUGAAAGUCAGGAAUUCUCUGUAUCGUGGUAUACAAACCAUUUAUUUAUUCAUGUUUUUUGGGAGUUGAUUUGUGUAAAUUAAGCAGUGUAUAUUUGAAAUGCUUGUACAUUUGUAGGAAAUGAUGGUAGUUUAUGGUAAGUAGUGUUUGUCGAGGUGUGCCAAUGUACUGUAUAGCCUAAGUUAAGGUCAAUAAAACCUGGAAGGCUAUUGAGCUAGCUAUGUAAAUGGAAUAGUGCUUAUUAUUCGUUUGUAUAUUUAUUCGCACAUAUUUGCUGUACUUAACAUAUUUUAGAGUCAUACAUUUCAGUUUUGGAAAUCAGCAUUGUUUUAAUGAAAUAACGGCACAGCCAAGCUGUUAAUCAAUGGAAAUCAAAUUUGAGAACACUGUUGGUCCGUGCAGUGAGCUGGUCCUACUACUCAGUGAAAAGGGAUGUGUUACCUCUGCUGUCAUGCAAUGUACGGCUCUCGUCGGAAAUCACCGGCGUGCAUAAAAUCAAUGGCCACGGACUAACUCUAGUUUGCCGUAUUGAACAUACUUUCAAGUCAUCCAUUUAUGUUUUGUGAAUGGCAUUCUAUGAGGAACUUAAACCUACAGUGUGACUUUCUGGUGGUUUAAUCUAGCCUAAGUGGUCUCUACACCUUCUUACAGUCAGUCAGUUUUUAUUUAACUUCUCACAGAGUUAAAUAAAAAAACAAUACAAGGUUAGAAUAUCUCGUUUUAAAUCAAAUAUAGAAUAGGUCAUAGGUUAUGCGAAGUAUGUCAUAAGACAUUAGGGUUCAUAUGGGCGGUGCUGUCUGAGCUGUGAUGCUAUGUCCGUUUUAUACUGUUUCAACUCAACAGGAUUUUCAUGAUUUUAUAUUUCCAAACAACAGUUGAUAUGUUUGUUUAACCUGGAAACCUCAAUUACACGUACUGAAACCUCAAUAUAUUAUAAAAUAUUUACAGAUAUUUUUGGGAAAAUAGAUAAAAAUAGAUGUACAAUAGCACAAAAAGACAACUGUACCAUAAUAUGUAGUUACAUGGCCGUGGUCAGUGGAUGUCCAGUGGACACAACCUUCUCACCUUCCAGGGACAUCUUAACACAUCUAGAUUACUUCUAGUUUGAGAACCACUGUCUCAAUGAAUGUAUGACUGACAUGUUUGAGUCAUUGUUCAAUGUGUAUCAUAAUAUCAUUUUUUAUGAGUGUGGGUUAAGGGAACGGGAGAGAUUAUCCUUGAACUAUAAAGUUGAAAUCCUUAAAGUAAUUGUGAAGAUGUGACAAUUGGCACUUUUACCAGAAGCAGUAUGCCACAAUAUGUCCACAGGUUUUACUUGUUUUUAUUAUUGCCUGGAAGUUUUCCAAAAAAUAUUGACCUCUGUUGGUAAUGCUUAGUAUAGAAGUGGUGUUGUUUCAUUACUGAAUUUUUCAACCUGUUUCACAAAUGUGUUGCAGGUGUCUGGAAUUGGUCAUUUCUCAUAAUUCCGCUGCAUUCUUGAUUACUAUUAUACAAAUUGUAUUUUUGUAACGACAGUUAAUGAAACUCGACAAUCGUUUUAAAGUGACAGUUGUUAGCCUAUUUCAUGUGAAAGCUAACCUUGGUUUAUUUAAUGCAGAGUAUUUGAGACUAGGGCAGUUGUAACACUAGUCUUUUACGCUGUUACUCAGAGAACUUGAACUAGGACAGCGGAUUUAUGAUUCAAGGAAACGUACGUGUGUAUCUUAACACCGUUUAUGUAUCCGUCCAUAAGAAGGUCACUAUAUUUCGAUGUGAAAAGGUCAGGAUGUCAUUUCCCACGCCAGGUGUGGUUGUGAAGGUAGCUGUGGUCAAAUGAAAAACCUGAAAAAAUAUUUUAACAAAGUGUUUACAACUGAUUCGGCAUUCCACAGGACCCUACAGUUAUCCAAUGCACCUUCUGGGCAGCCAUGUCCUUAGCUGCGUGACAACAGUAGUCGGCUAAGCUUGUUGUUCAUGUUUAGCCGCCAUGUUGAUGAAAAUAAAGCUGCGUAAAAGCUGCUUGUCCAUUAAUCGUUAGGAAAAUAAAUGUACAGCUAAUAAAAGGUUUAGGAUUUGGGUUAACCCUAACCCUACUUUUAAGCCCAAAAAGAGGAUGUGCCCAUAAAAUGUGCAAAUGAUAAUUAGUUUCAUUACUCCCUCUUGCUUCUGUUUGGAGGAACUUAAGGUGUUGCCUUUGCCCCACUCUCCUCUAGCAGAUCUCUGCCUGCUGUAUGUGAUAUAAUGUAUUGAAAUUAUGCUACUUGCUUUCAUUUUUCUUAUCAGAGUUUUUGUUGAUUUUCAGGUCAUCUGGAAAAUAAAUUCCUUGGGAGUUGUGGGGCUUUGGUAUUGUUGAAUCUCCAUGCAGUCCUUUUCAUUUUGUUUUGAAAUCAUCACUUUGUCUUAAACAUUUUAUUUUAUAUAUGUGUAUAUAUAAUAUACAUAAUUAAAAAAUGAUAAAAUAUAUUUCAUGUUAAUUACUUUUUGCCCUUGAAAUUAUCAGUCUGAUCGGAGUUCACAAACCUACCUGAUUGGUUGAUUUGAGCUAGAACCCACCCGCUAUCCCAGCUGAACUGGUGUAAUGUAAUGAAGUCCGCCUUGCAGUGUCAUCUUGCAGUUUGCCAAAAGAACCCUCCCCGUUGAGGCUGAAAUCGGUCACUAUCAUCAUUUGUACCUGUUACAGUGUUGCAGUGUUGCAGUGUCAUACAAAACAUAAGAAAAUGUCAUUUUUGACUGCCACUAGGCCUUUCAAUGGAAUUAAAAUGCACAGGCUGGGAUUUUACUCUAGUUGCUUCUUUAGUGAUGCUGUAUACAGAAGCCAUGGAGAAAUGAGAGUAAUUAUUUAUUUUCAGAAUAACGAAAGACUGAUUGAUCAGUAGGACCAAUUGAGUUUGUCUAGGAAGAUGUUUCUGCUUUUGUGUCCUUAUAUAAGUGAUGAAAUUAAAACUACCUCACGCAAAUUA